CAGACAGCUUGAAUUAUUUUCGUUUAUAAAACACAUUAAAUUACAUAUGAAAGGAUUGGACUACGUUGGACUUGUAUUGCGAGAUGUUUAACACCCUUUGAAUAGGAAUAUUUGAUCUGUUUCUUGGAACUAAGGUGAUUUUGAGAUUUGUUUACAACCGGUAUCCUCUUUUCGUGUCAUUCCUUGUUUGAUAUUUAUAUAAAGAUUGAGAACAUAAUGGAUAAGAAGCCCCUGUGCAUGGAUCUCUAUUGUCGAUCAGAAGUUUGAAAGAACACGGGUAGCUGACUGUGAUAAAACGAUUUGCAAUUACCAAUGAAGACAUGAUCAGAUCGGAUCGAGUUGUCCACAUUUGAUCUAGUGUCUAUAUUUUUUCAUCACGGAGAGCUCAGCAUUGGAGUUAAGGAUGAUCAUCACUGUUGUUUAAUACCCUAAAUUAGCGCCCGACUUGAUAGAAGGUAAUGGCGAGUUCUUAUGAAUCAACGCCAGAGACAACGAACGCAAACAGAGCAUGUCGAGUUGUUCUCGGUCCCUGCACGGAUAGUCUACGUGACUUAUUGCGUCACUACGUCCCACCACACACAUUUCAUCAUGUCAUUAAACAAAACAAGCUUAAUCUUCCUCGACUUAACAGAGAUCAGCGAGACCUCAUCUUACCACGAACUGGGAACUAUGCUGGAAACUAUGGUGAUAUGGACAUUUCAUUACUGUAUAUCUUAUUGAGGAAUAUAUCUAGCAUACCACCACACUCCAAUGGCUGGGGCAACGAUCCUGACCCCAGUGACAAGAGCGUCUCUGCCAACAUUGAGAAGAUUCGAUUGGUUCGGAAUCUUUGUGUUCACUCAUCUGAUCCAUCCAUGUCCAUCUCGGACUUUAAUUCCAUUUGGUCCACCAUUAGGUCUGCAAUGGUAGAUAUGGAUGUCUUCCUCAUGAAUGGAAACAAAUAUGAAAAAGAGGUGGAUUUCCUACAUAGCGAGUCGAUGGACCCUGAAAAUGACCUACAUUAUGAAGAAGAACUGAAGAAGCAGGUGGAGGAAGAUAAGACAACCAGGAAAAUGAUGGUCAGCCUUAAAGGGAAGUUCGAGGAAACUGCAGAGGAAACAAAGAAGUUGCAUGGUAAAGUAGUGAAACUAACCGAGUCCCCCAUCCCACCAAAUGUGAGAGAGCAAUACGAUAUUGAGGUUCAGAGAUGGAGAGAGGAAGACAAGCUUUACUACGAAACCCACAACUUCCCCUCAGUGAUGCAGAAAGUGAGAAACCAACCAUACGUAACAUUUGUCGGUGUACCUGGGUCUGGGAAGUCUGCCACGGCUCACCACAUCGCCCUCAAGCUCCAGGAGGAAGGUUAUGAAGUUGUACCAGCCAAAGACAUCAGGAAGUUGGAGGACUAUGGUGACCCCAGGAAUCCGCAGGUUUUUGUUAUUGAUGAUGUGGUGGGUGUCUUUGGCCUCCAAAAAACUAAUUUAGAUGUGUUAACUAAUUAUGAAAAGAAAAUAACACAGCCUUUAAUGGAUAAGUCUCGAACUUUGAUGACAUGUAGAGAGGCUGUGUACAAUGAGACACUACCUUACAAAGCAUUCGUUACUAAAGAUGAGAAUGUGAUUAAGUUACACAGUUCUGACAAUGCAUUAGAUGACGAAGACAAAAAACAGAUUCUCAAGAAAUAUGGUUUAAAGGAAGAUCUAAUAUCGCCUGAAUUGCUGACAUCAACAUCUCACAUGUUUCCCCUUCUCUGUAAAUUAUUUUCAAAGGAAACAAAAUUCAAAGCUCUUGGUCCAACGUUUUUCCUGAAUCCAGUCCAAUGUAUCAGUGAUGAACUUGAUAAUAUGCAAAGACAUAACAAACUGAAUUAUGCAACACUUGUUUUGUGUAUGCUAAAUGAAAAUAGCAUCUCUAAAGACAUUUUAAAAGAUAGAAAAAAUGAACAUUUCAUGAAGAUGAAAUGUGAUACUUUGGAAAAUUGUGAAUUAGAAAACCAAACUGAUGCAUUCAAGUUUGUGAAAGCCUUGUCAGCAAUGGAGGGGACAUACACAAAACAGUGUGGUGCACAAUACACAUUGAUGCAUGACUCCAUGUUUGAAAUAUGUGCUUAUCAGUAUGGCAAACAGUUUCCUGACCAAAUGUUGUUGUAUAUGAGUAGUAGUUAUAUUGCUAAUUAUGUCAAGCCACAGACAAGUGAACCAGGUAUUGUUAACAAAAUGAAAGAGAAAAAGAGUGUUUCUCAAUCUAGUAAGGGGGGUGAGAGUAGCAAUAAUUGUGAAGGAAAAGAGAAGGAGAGCGAUGAUAAAAUCAAUGAGAGAGGGGAAUCGUUUGAUCUGUGUAUAAGGUUACGUGAGGAUCAGUAUCCACUGUUAGCAGAGAGAUUGUACAGAGACAUACAGAACAUGGAGCUGUAUGAUGUUUUCGGGAAUCAGGUUUUAAAACACCCUCAGGUGUGUUGGGCAUUUAUUGGUGUGUUAAAAACAAAGUCAUACACAGAUUUAAAAUCCUUAUUUCUGUCCAGUCAGGGAAAGGUAGAUAAGAUAGUGAGUAAACGAGGGUGUAUGGAGAAGGAGAGUAGGGAUAGGGGGGAGUGGAAUAUGUACAUGUAUACAUGUAGGAGACAAGUAGUGCUGUUGGAUCAGAGGCGGAAACCAGUUAAUGAGGGGAAAACAUAUUGGAAUGAAUACACUUGCAAUGUGAGAGUGAUCAGCUGGGUGAUUUUGUAUGGACAUAAUCAGAUAAUAGAGUACAUAGUUCAACAGACUGGACUACACAAUGAAAUAUGUGAAUUAUUUGAGAUAACAGGAAAUUCUUCACAUCAGUCUAAAUCUGGGAUAGAUACAUGUAUCAAACAGGAAAAUCAAAACAAUAGGUUAAAAGAAAAGUGUAGAUUACUUGUGUUGAGUUGUUAUAGUGGUGAUGUACAGUCAGUCAGACUUCUACUUCCUAUCUGUAAGAAAUCAAUCAAUGGGAUAAAUCUUAUCAGUAAAGAUAUGGUCGGGUUUCUUUCUUCACCUCUUAGUGCUGCAUGUUAUUCAGGGCAAGUGAGUGUGGUGGAGAAGCUGGUGAAGGCGGGAGCUGAUGUCAAUCUACAGAAUAGAUGGGGGGAUACAUCACUGACAGCUGCAUGUGAAGAAGGACAUGUGAGUGUGGUGAAGGAGCUGGUGAAGGCGGGGGCUGGUGUCAAUCUACAGAAUAGAUUGGGGGAUACACCACUGAGAGCUACAUGUGAAAAAGGACAUGUGAGUGUGGUGGAGGAGCUGGUGAAGGCGGGGGCUGGUGUCAAUCUACAGAAUAUAUGGGGGGGUACAUCACUGAUAACUGCAUGUGAAGGAGGACAUGUGAGUGUGGUGGAGGAGCUGGUGAAGGCGGGGGCUGAUGUCAAUCUACAGAAUAGACAGGGGGAUACAUCACUGAUAGCUGCAUGUGAAGGAGGACAUGUGAGUGUGGUGGAGGAGCUGGUGAAGGCGGGGGCUGAUGUCAAUCUACAUAAUAGACGGGGGGAUACAUCACUGACAGCUGCAUGUGAAGGAGGACAUGUGAGUGUGGUGGAGGAGCUGGUGAAGGCGGGGGCUGAUGUCAAUCUACAGAGUAGAUGGGGGGAUACACCACUGAUAGCUGCAUGUGAAAGAGGAGAUGUGAGUGUGGUGGAGGAGCUGGUGAAAGCGGGGGCUGAUGUCAAUUUACAGAAUAGAUGGGGGGAUACAUCACUGAUAGCUGUAUGUGAAAGAGGAGAUGUGAGUGUGGUGGAGAAGCUGGUGAAGGCGGGGGCUGAUGUCAAUUUACAGAAUAGAUGGGGGGAUACACCACUGAUAGCUGUAUGUAAAGGAGGACAUGUGAGUGUGGUGGAGAAGCUGGCGAAGGCGGGGGCUGAUGUCAAUUUACAGAAUAGAUGGGGGGAUACACCACUGACAGCUGCAUGUGAAAGAGGAGAUGUGAGUGUGGUGGAGGAGCUGGUGAAAGCGGGGGCUGAUGUCAAUUUACAGAAUAGAUGGGGGGAUACACCACUGACAGCUGCAUGUGAAACAGUACAUGUGAGUGUGGUGGAGGAGCUGGUGAAAUCGGGGGCUGAUGUCAAUCUACAGAAUAGAUGGGGGGAUACUCCACUGACAGCUGCAUGGAGUGAAGAACAUAUGGUGAUAGAGGUGCUGGAGAAUGCGGAGCUUGAUCUCAAACUACAGAAAACUCCCGAGCAUACACCACUGACAGCUGCAUGUAAAGAAAAACGGGUGAGUGUGGUGGAGGAGCUGAAGAAGGCGGGAGCUGUUGUCAAUCGAGAGAAUAGAUGGGAGUAUACACCACUGAAAGCUGCAUGUGAAGGAGGACAUGUGAGUGUGGUGGAGGAGCUGGUGAAGGCGGGGGCUGAUGUCAAUCUGUAGAAUAGAUGGGGGAAUACACCACUGAUAGCUGUAUGUAAAGGAGGACAUGUGAGUGUGGUGGAGGAGCUGGUGAAGGCGGGGGCUGAUCUAUAUGUAGAGGAUGUUAAACGGGAAUACACCACUGACAGCUGCAAGUAGGGCAGGAUAUGUGAGUGUGAUACAUGAGCUGGUGAAUGUGGGGGCUAAUGUCAAUCUACAGGAUAAUUCCGAGAAUACACCACUCACAGCAGCACGUAAGGCAGGACGUAUGCUUGUGAUACAGGAGCUGGUGAAGAUGGGGGCUGUUGUCAAUCUACAGUAUAAUCCAAGGAAUACACCACUCACUGCUGCAAGUAAGGCGGGACAUGUGAGUGUGGUGGAGGAGCUGUUGAAGGUGGGUGUUGAUGUCAAUCUACAGGAUAAUCCCGGGAAUACACCACUCACAGCUGCAAGUAAGGCAGAACAUGUGAGUGUGUUGGAAGUGCUGGUGAAGGUGGGUGCUGAUGUGAAUCUACAGGAUAAUCCCGGGAAUACACCACUCACAGCUGCAAGUAAGGCAGGACAUGUGAGUGUGGUGGAGGAGCUGGUGAAGGCAGGUGCUGAUAUCAAUCUACAAGAUGAAUAUGGGAAUACACCACUAACAGCUGCAAGUAAAGGAGGACGUGAUUGUGGUGGACAAGCUGGUGAAGGUGGGGACUGAUGUCAAUCUACAGGAUAAUGACGGGAAUAGUCCUCUGAAAGCUGCAAGUAAGGCAGGACAUGUGAGUGUGGUGGAGGAGCUGGUGAAGGCGGGAGCUGAUAUCAAUCUACAGAAUUAUGACGGAGAUACACCACUGACAGCUGCAUGUGAGUUAGGGCAUGUGAGUGUGGUAGUAGAGCUUGUGAAGGCAGAGGCUGAUGUCAAUCUACUGGAUAAUGUAAGGUAUACACCACUGAUAGCUGCAUGUGAGGGAGGACAUGUGAGUGUGAUGGGGGAGCUGGUGAAGGCGGGGUCUGAUAACAAUCUACAGGAUAAUGACGGGAACACACCACUGACAGUUUCAUGCGAGGGAGGACAUCCUAGUGUGGUGGAGGAGCUGGUAAAGGCGGGGGCUGAUAUCAAUCUACAGGAUAAUGACGGGAAUACACCACUGACAGUUGCAUGCGAGGGAGGACAUCUGAGUGUGGUGAAGGAGCUGGUGAAGGUGGGGCGAAGAAGAGCUCUGGAAUAUGUUCACAAAUGAGGCAGUGUCAGUCAAUAAAUACCUCAACCCACCCUCACCCCCGAAUUAUCAUUUAAGCAUUUUCAAAUUUGGAUAAAAGCACAAUUUAUUAUCUUGUCUCACUUGACAAACAUUUUUGCUAGAAAUUUUUUUGACACUCCCUCUUACUUUAAGAAAAACCUUGAUGCUACAGUUCGAUACACAUUCAUGCCCGAAAGUCAAACUGAUUUGACAUGUCUUUCUGAUUAUUUUACGCCUAUAUUGAUGAAAGAUAUUGUCAAUAAAUGUAUUUACUCCUUUUCCAAAAUUUGAAACGUCUCAAAUAUAACGAUAGAAUUUUUCUCGUACAUAAUGUCUGUCCCACAUAUAAUAUACCUGUAGUUCAGUAUAAUAACCAAUUCUAACCGCAUCAAAAAUAUACAAAUGUUGCACAUUCUAAAUUUAAUUCAUGAUCACAUUAUUCGUUUUGUACUAUAGUGAGCCCUUAUAUGUCCGCCUGCACUAUAUGUUCGCCUGCACUAAAUGUCCGCUCAAUGUUGAACCGAACUGUCACUAUAUGUUUGUUUAGACUGAAAAUACACAUGUAUUCAAAACAAACAUGUACAACAUGCACUUCCCGAAUUGUUUAUAUAUGUAUAUAUAUAUAUAUA